GUCAGUUGGGAGGAGGGCCGUGGCAUGAUCAGUAUAAAGCAGAUUGGUCUGACGGAAGGCGACAGAUGAAGCAUGCAUGCGGUAGUGGGGGCAGCAUGCGAGGAAUUAGAUUAAGUGCAGCGAGUCUGCCGACAGGGGGCUGAAAGGUCUACCUGCGACAGGCAGCUCCAUGCUCAGGCCCCCUGGGCUGGGGUCCUCUCCCCUGUAGGGGGAGGCCCCGACCCAGUCCUGCAGCAUGGUGGCACAGAAGACACUAUGAACACAACGGGUGAUCUACACUUUGAGAAUUCAAGGCAGGACACUGGAGGCUGGGUUUGCUAUUGUCCGAUUCGGUUCUAUUUUUGGCAAUGGCGGAGGAUAUGUGGUUUGCUGGGUGCUGCCGGGGCGAGCUGGCGCAGUUGCUGUGUAUGGGAGGGGAUGGGGGAUUUCCACAUCUCUCUUCUCCUUCUUGUGCAGCGCUGAGCUCCAGCUCUUGUGUCUGCUCCGGUAGUAUAGUUUGGCGUGGCCAGGGGUGAUUUUGCAAGAUGAAGAUCUGCUCUCGGGGGGAGAUUAUGGGCGUGUGUGUUGGUCGGCACACAUGCUCUUGGAGUACCGUACAUUCUAAUUCGUGCCUUUGCUGUGUACACUACAGUAGCUGGCAGGGCAGUAGAGUGUUGCAAUUCAUGCUCUCCGGGCCUGCGCUCGGUAGACAGGGAUAUAAGGCUGUUUUGGGCACCCCACACAUGCAGUUCCCGCUGCUAUUUGCAGUGCAUUGUCACAUGGCAAAUGUGCUCUGUUUUGGAGCGGCCUCUGUGUGACACAUUUCCUUUCGUACCAUUUCUUGGGCUCUGGCUCGUGGUAGAGAUUAUGAAAUUGUCCCCUCUCAAGCAGAAACAAAGUGUAUGCCUACUCAUAGAGCUUUCAGAUCGGAUGAGACAUAUCUGGCGGCGGGCAAGGAUGGGAGUUGAACAGGGCAACACCCAGAAGGAACUUUCGAUGAAUACAAGGCCAAGAGAAACUAUUUGGAGGCGGCAUAUUCAAAUUCAAUGGCUAGCUGUUGCGCGCUGUCGCAACAUACUUCCGCUAGAACAUGGAAACUCACGGAGCUGCACCAAGAUCCUUGGAAGGAUUGCGCAGGUGAUAGGGUGACAGCCUGUUAGUGUAGGACCUACACUGUAGAUUGGCGAUGCAUCAUUCUGUUGAUGGCCCUGUAUCAUCUGUGUACACUAUGGCAGUGGUACGCACUGCACUUGCAGCUUGAGCCCUCGAUUCUUCGUAUUGUUGCCUGCUGGAAGGGAUUGCGCACUGAGAAUCUGUGUCUGUAACUCGCUUGUUUCUU